AUGACCUGUAUUAUGAAAUCUGCCUUACUCUACCCUCCCCCCUUCCCCCCUGCCCCCCAGCGCCCCACGAUAGCGCUGGUCAUGGGGCCCAAGGGCCUCAUCACAUCAGUCGCCUCCUCGCACCCAAAUGUGAUGACUCCGCGCCCCACCAUAGCGUUGGUCAUGGGUCCCAAGGCGCCCGACCAUAGCGCUGGUCAUGGGACCCAAGGGGCUCAUCAGCCGCCUCCUCGACUCCAUACCUGCAUUGUCUGCCCCACUCUCCCUCCUGUCUUCCCUCUCUCCUCCCCUCAGCGCCCCACCAUAGCGCUGGUCAUGGGGCCCAAGGGCCUCAUCAGCCGUAAUGCAGGGCGCGCUGCUCGUAGCGGCACUACGGACGAUGGUGGGGUGGAGAAUGCUACGGCCCCAUCUAAUCCUUCCGUGCCUCCUUUGCCCGUCGGGGGUGGUGGUGAUGGCAAAGGCAUACCCUCCACUUCUUCCGUGCCUACUUUGCACGUCGGGGGUGGUGGUGAUGUCGAAGGCAUACCCUCUACUCCUUCCGUGCCUCCUUUGCCUGCGGGGAGUGGACAUCAUGCAAGCGGCUGCAUGCCAUUGCCUACAGCACCACCAAGCACGAUGAAUGGCAUGCCAGUCGACAGGUGA